AACGAGACGUGGCUAGCCACAACACUGUCGGUGCGGAGUUAGGAAAAGAACGGUAGUAAAGAGACCCGAAACAUUAAUUAAAAUUAAAAAAGCAACACACAACGCUAGUAGCAAACGAUAAUGGGUCUCUGCAAGUGUCCCAAGCGCCAGGUGACGACGCAAUUCUGCUUCGAGCAUCGGGUGAAUGUGUGUGAAAACUGUAUGGUAGUGAACCACACGAAGUGCACAGUGCAGUCGUACAUACAGUGGUUGAAGGAUAGUGAUUUCGACUCCAACUGUACCCUGUGCGGAAGUCCACGAGAUAGUGACGAUUGCGUUCGGCUCAUAUGUUACCAUGUCUUUCACUGGAAGUGUCUCAAUGCGCGACAGCAAAUGCUACCCCCAAAUACGGCCCCCGGUGGCCAUACCUGUCCGAUCUGCAGUGAACCACUGUUUCCGCUCAGCAAUCUGGUGUCGCCGGUUGCGGACGUGCUGCGCGUACGGCUCGGUCAGGUGAACUGGGGCCGGAACGAGCUUGGCCUACCAUUGAUUUUGGAUGAUAAGCACGAUAAAAGCUACACGGAAGCUUCGUCUAAUCCAUCGGUGGAUCUGAUGGCAAGUCAGAACGGUAGCGCCAUGACGGGAUACAGUGACGUACACGGGAUGAUGUCCCAGGGCCGGACAAUAGGGACCAACAGUACGAACCAAGCGUCCAGUAAGGAACGGCCCGAAACACCCCAUUCGGUACUCAAUCUCGAUCCGUACGUUAAUAUCGCAAACAGUCGGCGAUCAACUCUGCUCGCCCGGGAACCACCGAUCGGUGGUUCGGAUCGGGACGACAACAAGUACAAGCGGCGCACACCGAAAGAAAUCUUUUCCCGGUGGUCCCGUCGGCUGUACGCACCAUCCGCCCGUCCCGUAUGGCGAAAAACGUGGUUCCUGUUCGCGACCGGUCUGCUCGGUUUCGUCUGCAUCGUAUACGUGAUGGCAACGAUCAGCCGGGGCGAGGAACACGGUGACCGGGAACUCGGUGGUUUCAUUCCGAAUCGCAACCUACCGCACGCCGAAGAGUGACGAUCCCUGGUCGGAUAAUAAGAAGAACGGAGAGAGAGAGCUUAUCCAUCAAAACAUUCUGCUCGCAAUUGUGAUGUGUUGUACUCGGUGACGAAGAUCAAGUGUAUGUAUAUGUGCUUGUAUGCGUGUUUGUAUGAGUGUGUGCGCGAAGGAAAGGUAUGAAAGAAACCCUGUUAUAUAUGCGCUAGUGGGGGAAGGCAGGUAGCACUAGGAGCUGUGUAAGGAAAUAUUUUAUUUGUUUUCAUUUACAAGAAAAAAGUA